AUGCGAUUGGGGACGCGAACACUAUGACGCCGUUGGUAAAGACUUUCAUGCAACUCGUGCAGGCGUUUAGUGCGGCUUUUCCUGAGGUGGUGGUGAAAGAUGUUGGGGAAACUGAGGGGUCUGAUGGUGAUGACGGUCUUGACGGUCUUGAUGACGAGUCUGAUCGACGCAGAAGUCGACGGCAUCGUAGUAGUCAUACUGGUAGUCCGAUUGUCAAGGCAGCGGAGCAAUGUUUGAAAGAGCGCGCUUUACGCCUACCUCUUGGGCGGGACGCAUCAACUUCGAACAAGGACAACCCUUCCCCUCUAGGUCGUGCACGACAGCUUAGCUGCAUGAUUGCAGAAUUCUACUCACGUAACCGAAAAUUGCUUCGAACAGGAACUACAACAUCCUCUUCUACCACAGGUCCGACUACUAAGUCCAAGACCUCUAGUCGUACUGAUAUCCAGUUUUUUACACCUCCACCAUUUCCAAGUGUCAGCACCCUAUCUCUCCUUGAGCAGCGACUCCAAAAAGGUCUUUUCCUCGACCAUGUGCGGAACUACGCGCAGAUUGCUUUUUCAGAUUGCGCCUCUGCCUUUUGGAACGGACCGCUUUUACAGCGCGCGCGUGGCCACAGUUUCCACUUAACAUUGGAGAAAACAGCAAUGGUGGUCCUGCAACUGAUUUCUAGAUCUAUUCGUGUCCCUGUGGACCAUAUUCUAUUAGGAUGCUUGUUCCCCUAAUCCUUCAGAAUCAGAAGCAUCCUGAACUUGUUUCCAAGAGGGAAAGGGCAACAGGAUGCUCUUCGAGAUGGAUUUGGGUAUUUGGGUGAGCUCUAAUUUUAUGUGCCGUUGGGGGUUUGGCCUAUUAUCGAGCAACCUUGUCAUAUGCAAAAUGGCAACGGAAGCGAUUCAUCUACAAUCGGCAGGUGGAAGAGUGUCCGAAGCCUCCGAGGAUAACGGAGAGCAAGAUGGAGGCCGAGAAUAGUAUUAUCACAAGCACAACUGCAGGAAAAAUUUCUUCGAAUGGAUCCAUCAAGAAAAUUGACGAUGUUCAUGACGACCACAGAAACGUCACCACCAAUGCCGCGGUUCUUUCGACGUCCGAUGGUCACCUUAGCACAGAUCGAGGAGCAUCAGGACGAAAAGAUCAGAACCAGAAGUCUCCUAUCUCUGCUAGUAGCAAAAGUGAUACUUCUAGAACUUAUACUAGCAGUAAGUACAAACGGGAGGGGACCGCGAGCGACCACUCCGCACCGGAUCGCUUAAGGAAGAAAAAGAGAGAGAACGUUCGCACAGAAGAACAAGAACAGAAUGAUCUGGAAGUGUUGAGGGAGCCGAAGACUGUUGCCGUGGAGGCAACUGCAUCAGAAACUUAUGCAGUAGUGGAAGAAGAAAGUUCUACACAUGAUGUUGAAGCAAAAAAGGAGGAAUCACAGCUACCAGAAGACAACUACAAGGACAACAAGAAGGAUGACCAUAACAAGAAAGGUGAGAUGAAACCUCCUCCAAGGAGAAAAAUCGACUACAACUACGCAGGAACUCCCCAUCCGAAGCAAAGAGGAGACUACGUUACGUACUGGGUGCAACCACUGGAAGACUAUCUAAAGCAUGCAAUUACAAGUGAAAACUUCCAAGAACGGCUGGCUGACGUGUAUCUUCAGAAAGGACGCAACAUUAUGGUCAACAUUAUUAGUGUCCAUCUUUCUCGGCAUCUUGAUCCCUGAUAAGUGUACAGGUCAACGCCUAAACCGCUAAGCCAACUGCGUACUGUUCCCCUGUAUAAUUCUUCUCAUGAAUAUUACAAGGGGAUGAAAGGGGUCGAAAUGAGGGGACCAAGAUGGAUUAAAGCUGAGUCUAAUAACAACUUUUUUCCUAAGACGAUCCCCAGGAUUUGUCCGAGUCGAAGCAUUCUACUGGGUAUCAUCCCGUUUAGGAUUUUAGUGCCGAACCGAGAUGGCCGCAAUGAGGAAGAAAUGGUGGGGAACGUGGUCGUGGACCGAACGUUUGAGAUCAAUGUGCAGAGGCAAAGUUUAUGGCAAUAUAUCGGAAGAUCUCAACAAUACAUCGUCAAUUUCAGUUUUUACUAAGUUUCUCAGCUCCUUGCCUAUUUAUUACAGUACCCAUUAGAGGACUCGUUCUUUCUUCCAUCUUCCCUUCCUUUCUCCUCACUCCCCUUUCAUUUCUCUGUUUCGGUGCCGUAACGUCGCUAUCCAACAUCAUGCGCCAGCGUGAAUGGCGAGCACCUGCAGGUUCAGAUCCCUGGCUUGCGCAGAGAAUUGGCAUGAAUAUUCGUCCAGCAGUGCGAGAGGCAUAUCCUGGUGUGUCGCAGGUCAUCGAGUACCAAAAAAUACAGCCGAAUGAAGACCAAAGUCGCAGGGGAAAGUACUUCAGUCAUGCUAUUCUUUGUCGUUCGUCGCCUAUUCUUGUUGAUCUCCUUCGUCGUUCGUGCCUAAUUUAAAGUGUUUCGCUUAUAAGUACUUGAUAUGAUAAAAAUCUAGUUUUUGUUACUUUUCACCAAGCCUUUACUCUGAGCCGUUCACAAUAUAUGAGUUAUUAAUUCACUUCUACUACCAACAUCCCAUAACUACAGGAAUCUGGACGUUCCGAUGGAUGCGUUUGUAGACGAGCAUGAUACUGGAGAGUGGACCUACGGUUUUGGCUUGCAAGAACACACCUGUGCACCUGGGUUUGCAUUAGCCGUUCAUUUUUUUGACCUCCUGCAAACGCUGGCGACAAACCCUUUUCGACCUGUGUAGCUGAUUCAUCAUGUAGUCUAGUAGUAGAACUCACAAGAUUCACCAGUGUAGAUGAUUCAAUCUACCUGGAAAUCAAAGAGAGACUCACGUACGUAGUUGGACAAGGUUGCAUUUGGAGAUGAUGCAAACGAAGUUAUAAAUAUCUACGCGCAUCAUGAUCCAAAUGUUGUUAGAGAAAUGAUGAAUGAAAGAGGGCGUCACAAGAUCCGUUGUGCAGCUUUAGUUCAUAUCAUCCAAAAGAACCGCUUUUGCUGGUCAGGCCACUCGAGAGCAACACUCGUGUUGCGCUCUCAAGUUUUGUGUGUACAAUCUGUGUCUUCCGAUACGGAUCCGAUCUCAAGGAUUAAUUACGAUGUUGAGACAAGAAUGAGACCAAGAUCAUCUGGAGGUGGCUAUACUGCAGCGACAGUUCAUC